GGAUAUCCCCUUUCAUUGUGUAAUGACAAUUGCCAAGCGGGUUAUAGUAAAAGAAAGAAAGAAGGGAAGCCAUUUUGCUGUUAUGAUUGUUUUCCAUGUCCAGAAGGAAAGAUAUCAAAUCACAAGGAUGCAGACACAUGUUACUCAUGUCUGAUAAAUCAGUAUCCAAAUCCUCAACGACAUUCAUGUAUUCCAAAAACUUUCACUUUUUUAUCUCUUAAAGAAAGUUUAGGGAUGUCUUUGGCUGUUCUGGCUCUUUUCUUUUCUUUCCUAACUACCCUGGUGCUUUGGCUUUUUAUUAAGCACCGGGACCUCGCAAUAGUCAAGGCUAACAAUCGGAGCCUCACCUAUCUUCUCCUGGUUGCUCUCCUGCUCUCCUUCAUCUGUGCUUUAUUGUUCAUUGGGCCACCAGAAAAGAUUACAUGUUUCCUUCGCCAAACUGCGUUUGGCAUCAUCUUUUCACUAGCGGUUUCUUGUAUUUUGGCCAAAACCAUAAUUGUGGUCCUGGCCUUCAUGGCCACCAAACCUGGAUCUAAGAUAAGGAAAUGGUUGGGGAAAAGGCUGGCUUAUUCCAUCGUCCUUUUCUGCUUGCUUAUUCAAAUUAUAAUUUGUGCUACAUGGUUGACAACAGCUCCUCCAUACCCAGAUGCUGAUGUUUAUUCACUGAAUACAGAGAUUAUACUGGAAUGUAAUGAAGGCUCCUCUACCAUGUUCUACUGUGUUCUGGGUUUCAUGGGAUUUCUGGCCAUUGUCAGUUUUACGGUGGCUUUUUUAGCCAGAAAACUCCCGGACAGCUUUAAUGAAGCUAAAUUUAUUACCUUUAGCAUGCUGAUCUUUUGUAGUGUUUGGCUCUCCUUCAUUCCAUCCUACUUAAGCACCAAAGGAAAAUACAUGGUAGCUGGGGAGAUUUUUUCCAUCUUGACCUCCAGUUUUGGGUUACUGGGAUGCAUCUUUUUCCCAAAAUGUUUUAUCAUUUUUAUGAAACCUGAUUUAAAAUUUAGAACAACUUUAACAAGAAGGAAUCAAUAA